AUGAUGGUGGUCAGUCCCCUGCCGCUCUACGUGAAGCUGCUCAUCAGAUGGGUGGUGAGCCCCCACCACUGGGAUCAGUGUGCUGGGGAGGAAGGUCCUCUACCCUCCAAACUUCUUCACCUGUGCCAAGGACACUGCAAGUGGAUGGGAAGACCGGCUCUUCCAAGGCCUGAGCCUUUUGCUGACAUCUACCAGCCUCUCACUGACCUGGGCAGCGUGAAAGCUCUUCCUCCAGAUGCGAUGGAGAAGGUGUCCAAGAAGGACGACACACGGACUUCCCUGAAGAGGGCAGAGAAGGAGACCGCCUAG